GCCUCUCUCAGUCACUACAUCUGUGCAAUGGAAGGGACUGUGGUGGUGCUCAUAGUGUUGGCUGCCGGGAUUCCUGUCCUACAUGCAGCAGAUCAUGCUUUGGACGCUGCAUGGGAGGACUGGAAGAGUCUGCAUGGGAAAACCUACACUGAGGACUCAGAGGGCCACAGGAGAAUGAUCUGGGAGGAGAACCAUCGCUUCAUCCAGCAGCACAACUUGGAGGAGGCACAGGGGAAACACAGCUACAAGCUGGGGAUGAACCAUUUUGGUGAUCUGACACAGACGGAGUUCCAAAAGAUGAUGCUGGAUUUUAACUUGGCCUCUACGGCAGACACUUCACUCCCUGUGUGGAACGGCAGUGUGUUGAAAGCCCCAACUGAGGUGGACUGGAGUAAAAAAGGGUAUGUGACUCCUGUGAAGGACCAGGGCCAGUGUGGCUCCUGCUGGGCCUUCUCUAGUACUGGUGCCCUUGAGGGUCAGGUGUUCAAGAAGACAGGCAAGCUCAUAUCUCUCAGCGAGCAAAACCUGGUGGACUGUAGCAGACAAUAUGGAAACCAUGGCUGCAACGGAGGUCUGAUGGAUCGGGCUUUCCAAUACAUCAAGGACAAUGGUGGGAUCGCCUCUGAGGAAGGCUACCCUUACACGGCUAAGGAGAACCCUUGCAGCUACAACAAGAGUCAAGAAGCAGCCACUUGCACAGGGUACACCUUAUUGCCCCCUGGGAGUGAGAGAUACCUAAGAGAUGCUCUGGCUGCCAUCGGUCCAGUCUCUGUUACCCUGAAUGCUGAUAGAUUACAAUUCUACAAAUCUGGAGUUUAUUAUGAUCCACGAUGCUCUAAAGAGAUAAACCAUGCUGUGCUCGCAGUGGGAUAUGGUGUAUCUUGGUAUGAAUUGGAAAACAAUGUCAGCUCACGCUGUCCUACUCGGUUCUGGAUCUUGAAGAACAGCUGGGGAAGUGAUUGGGGAAACCAGGGCUACAUGCGAUUGGCUAGAGAACACGGAAACAAUUGCGGAAUUGCUAUAUAUUCAAUCUUUCCGAAGGUGUAA